ACUUGCGCGGCGGGGAACGGGGAUGGUGGAGGCACGAGCGUACUCCGUACUCCGAGGGUUUCCAGGCAGCAGUCUACGGCCCGGGACAGAGAGACCAGGACCAACAUCGGGAGAAGGGGAGCGAGGUCUCUUCGUGGAUACUCUCUUACGUACCGAAGUGUCUCUUUCUCGCUCUCUCUCCCUUUCUCUCGGUUCCUCUUUCUUUUCCUCUUUCUCUCUCUCUCUCUUUCUCUCUAUUAGUCCCUUUUAUUUUUAACGUAAUUCUCCCUUCGCAAACGGCGCGUUCGUGACCUUGAGCCACCGUGUCGAUGCGUACCGAGCCGUUCUACCGGCGUAUAACGCUUCACGACAGUGCCGACGACACCAAAACGGUGUCCCGCGGUACGCGCACCAACGCACGGAGAUGAGCGGAGGUGCUCGGCCGGGAGCUGCACGGAGCACGUGCCAGGCGCGCAGAAGGCGCUCCAGGCGACACCAGGUGCGCUAAUCGUGGACCAAUCGCGUGGGAAGAGCAAGAUCGCGGGUGAUAUAGGACAUUGCACCCGGGAGAAGCGCGAUCGGAGAUCGUGUGAGUGCGCCGGGGAACAGGAAUGACGCUGCAGGCCCGCGGCAGUGCGAAUGCCGCGCGUUCAAGGACGGUCCCGAUGCUCGCAGCCCUGGCACCACUCCUCAUGUUCGUCGGCAUCGACGGCGUUGUGCAUGGCAUCGCGCGUUCCGCGUUUCCUCAAGAUUCAACGAACAGUGCCACGGGUCCAAUUUUCGUAGCACCAGUUGGAAAUCAGACCGCUGCAAUUGGCCGCGAAGUCGUCUUCUCUUGCAGCGUUCGCAAUAUAAGCAUUCGUAAAUACAAGGUUGGCUGGCUACGCACCUCGGAUCAGACGAUUCUCUCGAUCCACACCAGGAUAGUAACACAUAAUGCGCGUAUCACGGUCACCUACGAAAGCGGGGCAAGCUCUGGAUCUGUCGGUACAUCCGGCAGUGCUUCGGGAGUGACCGGAAGCAGCCAGGCCACGGAGGAAAUCGUCGACGGCACGUGGCGUCUGCACAUUCGUCAGCUGAAGGAGUCCGACAGGGAUUGUUACAUGUGCCAGAUUAACACUAGCCCGAUGAUAUCCGAGCUCGGUUGUCUCGACAUACAUGUGCCACCCGAUAUUGUUUAUGGGGGUGACACUAGCGCCGAUCUGGCAGUGGCAGAGGGUGACAACGCGACCUUGAGCUGUCGCGCGACAGGACAUCCACUUCCGAGAGUGUCCUGGCGGAGAGAGGAUGGGGAACCUAUCGUUAUAAGGGCUUCUACGACAGGUGGUAGCACUUUCGAGAAGCACGAUCAUUACAACGGUUCGCUGCUGCAUUUCUACCGUGUCGAGAGACGGCAAAUGGGGGCGUAUCUCUGCAUCGCUAGCAACGACGUGCCGCCAGCUGUUAGCAAACGGGUGACGCUCGCCGUGAAUUUUGCUCCCGUCGUAAAGGCACCCAACCAACUAUUAGGCGCUCCUUUGGGUACAGACGUGCAGCUCGAAUGCUAUGUCGAAGCGUUUCCAAAUACGAUCAAUUAUUGGGUAAAGAAUCAACGAGGCACUGAAGACGAAAUGUUACUAGAAGGACCGAAAUAUAACGUGCGGGAGGAACGUACGGGAUACACGGUUCUGAUGUGGCUCCUAAUCAAAAAAUUCACGGAGAGGGAUGUCGGUAGUUACAAAUGCGUUUCAACGAAUAGCCUGGGAAAGGCGGAUGGAACUUUGAGACUAUAUGAGAUUAAAAUCGGCUUCGACAGAGUGGGAUCUCGUGGAAAGGAUCACGUAUCUAUUAUCGGUGGUUUAGCCGAGGCCGCUCAAAGUUCUGGUGCCAGUAGUGGCGUCGGCGGUUUUUCCGGAAGUAGCAGCUUGUCACACAUCCUAUCAAUGUUUUUCUUCAUACCGAUACUAUGGCCACGGUGAAGAAGGCAUCUACUACUGGUCACCGCUAAGCUACUUAGUGCCGGAUGAUUUUGUGCCAAAAAAAGACAAGAAUGUAGAGAGAAUGUGCGAAGUAUGAAAGAUAGUAUGGCAGAAGACAUAUGAAAGCAAAAAUUAAAAAAAGCGAGAGAAAGAGAGAGAGAGAGAGAGCAAGAGAGAAAAGAGAGAAAAUGAAAUAUAUUGUAAUAAUAAAUUGGAGUCUUCGGUACUCCAAAUUCUUCCUACUUUCCUUUCCUACACCUGAAUGUCAAAGACAUUUUUAGAUCAAUAAAUGUUGUCAAUGUACGCGUCGCUUUAGAUUCGCGUUUCGUGGAUCGGCCGAGCUAGAUUCAUUCUGUUCAACUCACGGGCAUUUUCGAGAAACGGAUCAGCUAAAUUAAAAAUAUUUCAUCAAGUGAAAUUCAUUUUAAUAUACUUUAUACUUCAGAUAUUUGAACAAAAAUGUUACAUAGCACAUUACUUAAUACGAAUAGCAUAAUUCAUGUCCGUUUAUGCAGUCGAUACGCGAAUCGAUGAAUUCGAAAGGAAAGGAGAUUUGCCAUCGCGGAGAUGCUUUUAUAAAUCAAUGAUAAUCAACGAUCAUUUUGUCAUUGAUUUAUUGCCCUGCUGACUGACUUUAAACGCCGGAAAACUUUGAUGUUUUGAAAUAAAAAUAAGGAUCAGACAUUGUGCA